AAACAUCCCGCAAAUCGGUCCAACAAGUGCCCGGACCGACUCGACUCCUCCCUUCUUCUCUUCUUCUACGGCUCGCCGCUCACGUCCGCCGCCUCCCCUCCGGCCAUCUCCCACCGCGUCCGCCUGCGGUUGCCUCCUCCAGACGGGGCAACGACGCGUCUCCUCCGGUACUCCUCCAUCUGCAGGUUAUUCUGAAGAAACCCCAGAAGCAUAGGACGCCGCGCUAUCCCGUUCUCCGCCUCGUCUUCCCCAAAUACCGUCUCCCCGCCGUUCGACAGCCGAGGGCGGAGGCGGAUAAGUUUCGGAGAUGUCGGUGCUCAUCGUGACCAGCGUGGGCGACAUCGAGGUGGAUCUCCACACCGACAAGUGCCCCCUCACCACCAAGAACUUUCUCAAGCUCUGCAAAAUGAAGUAUUACAAUGGGUGUCUGUUCCACAAGGUGGAGAAGGACUUCUUGGCACAAACUGGCGAUCCGACUGGAACUGGCACUGGCGGUGAUUCUGUGUACAAAUUUCUCUAUGGUGAUCAAGCUCGAUUUUUUGAUGAUGAGAUCCGUCCAGAGUUGAGGCAUUCAAAAACUGGAACAGUUGCUAUGGCAAGCGCUGGUGAAAACUGCAAUGCCUCACAGUUCUACAUUACUUUGCGGGAUGAUGUGGACUACCUUGAUGAUAAACACACUGUGUUUGGGAUGGUUGCUGAAGGUUUUGAUACAUUGACAAAAAUAAACGAAGCUUAUGUUGAUGAUAAAGGAAGACCAUUCAAGGACAUAAGAAUUAAACACACAUAUGUCUUAGAUGAUCCUUUCGAUGAUCCUCCUCAGCUCGCGGAACUUAUUCCUGAGAAUUCUCCCACAGGAAAACCACAUGAUGAGAUUGCAGAGGAGCGCUUAGAGGAUAGUUGGGUCCCUUUGGACGAAACAGUGGCUCCUGAAGAACUUGAGGAGAUGAUCCGCUCUAAAGAGGCACACACAAAUGCAGUAAUCCUUGAGAGUUUGGCAGAUAUUCCAGAUGCUGAGAUUAAACCGCCAGAAAAUGUCUUGUUUGUUUGCAAACUCAAUCCAGUAACACAAGAUGAAGAUUUAUACACAAUUUUUUCUCGUUUUGGAACUGUGACGUCAGCUGAAAUAAUUCGUGACUACAAGACUGGAGAUAGCUUAUGUUAUGCUUUUAUUGAAUUCGAGACAAAGGAGGCUUGUGAACGUGCAUUUUUCAAGAUGGACAAUUGUCUUAUUGAUGACCGGAGAAUCCAUGUUGAUUUUAGUCAGAGUGUUUCAAAGCUGUGGGGUCAAUUCAGACAAAGCAAAAGAAAUGCGAAGAAAGAUGGGUGUUUCAAGUGUGGUGCCCCUGAUCACCUAGCCAGAGACUGUGACCAAGAUGGUGACCAGAAAAACAAAGGGCCGAAUUAUGUUCUGAAAGAUGAAAACACACAGCGUGGUGGAAAUCACCGUCGAAGCUAUGAUCUAGUAUUUGAUGAAGAUGAUGCUGAUUAUUCUGAUCAGAAAAAUGACGAAAAUGGUCACAGAAGAAAGAUUCAAAGAAAUGAUGAUAGGAGAUCAGAACUACCACCUUGUGGUGAUCAUGAUAGAAAUAACCGUGAGAGAAUUUACAGUGAUGGGAAAGGAAGCAGGCAUGGUAAAGAUGAUGAUAGGAACCGAGGGGGUCGAAAACAUGAUGACUACCACAGUUACAGUAGAUCUGGUGAUAGAGGCUCUGGUAGAUACGAUGAUCGUGAUUACAGCAAGCGCCAUAGCAGGAGCAGAAGCGGAGAGGAUGAGGACAAACGAAGAGACAGAUCGGAUGGUGAGCGGCGCCAUAGAGAUGGUGGAUAUGAAAAGAGUGAUCGUCACCGGAGAGAUGAAGUUGACCACAGGAAAAGGAGCCCAGAAAGUAGACGUAGGGAAGACGGUGGGCACCGUGAGAGAAACCAUCACUCUGAUGACAGGUCCUAUAAGGAGAGGAGGCACAGAGAUGGUAGAUAGAUUUCUGUGCAACUGUCGGAUUUGUGUUGCCUGCUUUCAACUGAUGUCAACAUGUAUUACUAGCUCAAAUUUUUCUGUUAAUCAGUGUAACGACUUGAGAGCGCUGUUGAAUUUUUGUAGCGUCCAGAUCUCAUCCGUUUUCCUGUGUUGUAGGAUAUUUUGUUGCUGGUAGACUCAGAUUUGCUGUUAGUUGUGCGCUUGUUCUAUCCCAUAAAUGGCUUCAUACCAAUGUUGUUAGUAUUA